ACCCAUAUCUUCAAUGUCGACUGCUCUAGUCUCAAACAACCCUCCAAAGAGACAGAACAAGGGUUCCAGUGAUUCGAAACCCGACCACUGGGUCGACACUGCCGGAACCUCAUUCACGAACCCUUGGCCGAGCUGGAGGUAUACAACAAAAUGGGAGAGAUUCAAGCUCUUCAAAGAAGCUAUAACAUGGAAGAACCCUGACCCAAAGAGGGUGGAGACCGAAAUGCCUACGCAAACCCCGACCUGGGGGUACGACGCCAACGGCGCCGCGCAGGAGGGCGCGAGCGACAAGAUUAAAACCACAUGGCUGGGACAUGCCUGUUUCCUCGUGGAAUUCCCUAACCGGACUCAUCCUGCCCCUGGGCCUGCCGCGGGGGGCGAGGAUUCCAAGGGUUUGAACCGUGGUUUGAGGAUCCUCUUCGACCCUGUCUUCAGCAAUAGGUGCUCGCCUAGCCAGCUGAUAGGACCCAAGCGGUUUACUCCACCCCCUUGCAAACUCGAGGAGCUACCGGACAUUGAUGCCAUAGUUAUCUCGCACGACCACUACGACCACUUGGACGUUCAUUCCAUUCGCACGCUCGCACAUGGACCCUCUUCCCCGCACAUCUUCGCGCCCCUAGGCAACGGGCCCUUCUUCCAGUCUCUCGGGAUUCCCGAAUCCAGAACACACAUCAUGGACUGGUGGGACUCCAAGCGGCUCGAGGUCAAGACCUCCGCAGACGCCUCUCUAGCCGUCGACAUCACCUGCACACCAGCGCAGCACUUUAGCGGACGAACCUUCUCGGCGUAUUACACGACUCUAUGGGCCAGCUGGUCCGUGGAAGAGGUCGUCCCGCCCACGGCCGCCGCGGCGACCCCCGUGAAGCUCUUCUUUGGCGGAGACACGGGUUACAGGAGUGUCAUGGACCACCAGAAGGAGGACGAAGUGCCCGUUUGCCCGGCGUUCAAGGAGAUUGGAGAAGUGUUUGGAGGGUUUGAUCUGGCCCUCAUCCCUAUCGGUGCCUACCUUCCCCGGCAGUUCAUGUCACCCAUCCACUGUGCCCCACAGGAUAGCGUUCGGCUCUUCAAGGAUAUCCAGGCGAAGAAGGCCCUCGGCAUGCACUGGGGGGCCUGGGUUCUGACCUCGGAAGACAUCCUCGAGCCACCGAAACGGCUUAAAGAAGAGUGCAGGAAACUAGGCAUCAACGAAGAGGACUUUACCGUAUGUGAUAUUGGCCAGACUCUGUUCUUCUGA